GUGUCCUUGACCAGCUGAUACCGCUUCACAGAGUUUCUCCUGGCCGGAUUUUUCUGCCAGGUUGAAUUUUGCUUUUAUAUACAUUUAUUUUGUUUGGUUUUAUGUUUUGGAGAUAGAGAGAACCAUGUCUUUCCUGUUGAAAAGCAUGGUGGGCAGUCAGUUGAAGAGUUUUGGUCUGGGAGGUUCGAGUGAAGAGAAGAAAGAGGAAAGCGAAGGUUCGGAUCCAGCUGCUGCCCAAGGAAUGAGUCGGGAGGAAUAUGAGGAGUAUCAAAGACAGCUGGUUGAAGAGCAGUGAGUAUUACUAAUUAAUUUACUUAUUUUACCUGGUUAUUUUAUGUGAAUGUUAAAAAUGUGUUUUGAGGGACAAAAUUAAACAUUUAUUUGGAAAUGUAAAUUUUGUUUUUUAUUUAAGUGCCAGAGGAUUGAGGGAAGUAUUGAUCACCCAUCUGGCACACACAGGUGUAACCUCUUUCAGGACCAAUGUCAUGUCAGAGUUCUCAUGAAAACAAGGGAUUUACUUAACUUCUAAGACAAACAAAAUUGCUUUAAAAAUGGCUUACAAAAAACAAACAACCAAAAUGUUUGUAAUCUGGGUCUACAAAAUUUCAAGGUGCCACGUACCUGUUUUUCUAUAUGAAGCACUAUCCCUUGGCCUGGGUCGUAGAUCCUGGCGUCCACUGUCUGAGCUAUUGCCAGUAUAUCACAGAGAAGUAAUAUUGUGGGGAAAAGUCUCUUCAGAACCUAUACCAUAUCAGAAAACCCAAAAUAAAAAAAUAAAAAGGGUCGAGAGAAAGGAGCAGAUUAAAACCAGUAAUGAAGAGAGAAUAAAACAUAUGAUUUGAGGUUAUGGGUGACACGAUGGGGUUCAAUAAAACUAUGGUUGAGAGUGGGAUACAGGCCUAAGCAUGGGGGGUGGGGGGGGUCAGGAAAAGAUUUUUGGGGAAAGAAAGAAAGGCCAGGAGAUUAGAGAAGCAAAGCUUGUAUGGUGAUGUGAAUGUGCUUACCCUGGGUGUUUUAUAUAAAAAUCCCAGAAAUAUAUUUGUCUGUGACCUGAAACUGCUCUGGUAGUGACAGAGAUCUAGAUCUGUAACCACGUUUAGGGCAUAACCAUCACGUUUACAAUUAUACCUUUGAGAAAGAAAUAUGAUGUGAUAAACUAAACUUUCGAUUCCUUAUUAAGAUUGAUUGAAGAACAUGGAUUGGAUAUUUCAUUAUUAGUAUUGUUGAUAUCCACACAGAUAGACUUUACUCCAAUGAUCAAGCUAUUUUGUUCAUUAGGCAUUGUUAGAGAUCAACUUGUGAGAUGUCCAGCUUGUUAAAAUUUAUUUCAUGGAAAGAAAAGAUAUUACUUCAUUGUUUGUUUGUUGUUCUUUUAUUGAUGUGGAAUUAUACAUAUUAGCAGAUACUGAUUUAUUUACAAACUACUUGUUAGAAAAAUGGAGACAUCAAUAUGCAAGAUUUUUAUUUAUUUUUUUAAUUAUUAUUAUUUAUUGAAACAUACCCUAAUGUGGAUUUGUAAUAUCCUUGGCAUGGCUUAGUGUAGAUAGUGACUGGGAAAAUGCCACAAAUAAUAUCUUCUAAAAAAUGACACAUAAUUGAAUUCCCUGUUCAGUGUCCUCAAAAACAAUAAAAAGAUCCAAUUUAUUUUUUAUGCCAAACUUGAAAUGUUUUCCCAAACGUUUCUUUGAAUUGUAGCUCCCAAUCCACAAGAAACUGUAAGAAUGUACCCAGAUGUUUAAGUAAUUAGCCUCACUUACAAUAUGAAAUGUACCUCUGAAGGAUAUAGCUGUAAAUAUAUUUUCGCAUGGGCGAAAGUCAUUGAAAUUCAUCCAAAAAAACUCUCUGGCAAACCCGAAUCGCUAGAAACUGUAUCUUUGGGGACAAAAUUUUCAAUGUGCACAAGUGUAAUGAAAAAGUCGGUUUUAGGUUAUGAGAAUAUUUUUCUAUUUAUUGAAGUUCUUAAUACAAACAUUUUGGUCCACUUCUUGAAUGUAUAGGAUUAACAGAACAUGUGUCUUAGAAUAGUCUUAAAUCCAAUGCUGUUAUGUAUAUACUUUCUCCCGCCUCCAAUCUACAGACAUUGGUCACACUCUCUAGAUCAAUUUGCUCAUAUCUUUUGUCAUUUAGAUCAGUAACAUAUCCUUAUAAUCUCUUCUUUCCUGAUCACUCUUCCAAUGAUCUAUGCUUAAUACUGCACGGAAUAUCCUGUGUCUCUGUGGUUAUUCCUCCAUAAUCUCCUCUUACUCCCACAUUCAGAUAAUAUUCAUUAUGGCAUUUAAAAAAAUACCAGAGUUAUGUUUUCACCCCUAAUAAAAUAAGUCCCAUGAUGCCAAUGCUCCACAUUCAAUUUAAUCACAAAGCAUUUCACGCACUAGAAGGUCUCGCGAUAUGAUACAAUUCUUCAAAGCUUAAAAAUUAUCAUCUUAACAGUCAAAAUUGUGGAAAAGCCUCUUCAGGAGUUCCAACUUCUGAUAAUGGUGGCUCAAUGCCCCUGAUAUCUAUAAAUAUGAAAGUCACAGAACAAGGUAUGGAGGAGAAAGAAUACCCAGGAGAUCUAUCUUAUUCCAUUAUCUAUGCAUUUAAAGUUCAGUCUAUGAAAAGGCCUUUCUUAAGGUCUGUUAUUGCCUGUUUUAUGUGGUGGUCAUUCUUUCAUUAAAAAACUGUUCAAGUCUGUAAAGUAACACUUUAGCCAUUCUGGAAAAUCUUUACUUCCAGAUUCAUGGAGAUCUGUCAGCCACAUUGUGAUGUGAGAUACUAUACCUUCUUUUGGCUGUUUUUUAAAUAAUCCACCCAUAUCUAGCUCAUCUGACUUGGCUUUUAGUGAUGUCCUGAACGGUUCGCCACGAACGGUUCGCCACGGACUCAUCAUUGAGUAAACUUUGACCCUGUACCUCACAGUCAGCAGACACAUUCCAGCCAAUCAGCAGCAGACCCUCCCUCCCAGACUCUCCCACCUCCUGGACAGCAUCCAUUUUGAAGCUGCAUUCUUAGUGAACCGUUCGGGACAUCACUAUUGGCUUUAUAAGACAUGUCACCUAAAAAUAUCAAAACCUCAUCAUAAAUAUCCAGGAUCCUAUUGUUUCACGUCUAGCCUUUCACCCCAUCAUUGUACCUCCUACUUGGCUUUUUUACCCACCCAUUCCAAGCUUGUGUUCUACAACAUAAAUACUUUUUGAUCACGUGAUAUUGUCUAACAUUGCAACCCUAUCAGUUGCUUUUCUUCUCCUAUUGCAACAUUUUAGACAAUCAAAAUCUCAUCAACCUUAACCACUUAGUGACUAGACUGUUUUUCAAUAUUCUUACUGUUGAGGACCAGGGCUCUUUUUAAAUUUCUGUGGUGUGUGUGUUUAGCUGUAAUUUUCGUCUUUUCCAGUCAUUUACUGUACCCACACAUAUUAUAUACCGUUUUUCUCGCUAUUAAAUGGUCUUUCUAAAGAUACCAUUAUUUUCAUCAUAUCAUAUUGUGACGAAAGCACCUUCGUCACUGGGAUUUGGAGAGGCCUACUUGCCAGCCUCUUGCACUGUGACAAUGGCCCCUGGCAUGUAUUGCCCUUUAAAAGCUUUAUUUGGGCAUAUUGGAUUUUAAAACACUUUUUCUGCCCCUUUAAAUCCAUGUGAAAAUGUGCCUCUUCCCCUCCCCCUAUUUCCUGUCCUAUUGUUUCUCCAGCAAGGCGUUGUCCCAGGGACACUACCAGACCAGUUUAAUCUGGCUGCUUUGUCCCUCAGCCCUUGCUAUUUUCUGAACCCUUCCUUGUACUAUAGGGCACUUUUAACAUUGGACAUAUUGAGCGCUCAGAUUCAAGCUAUCUGGGGACAUGUUAGACAUAUAGGUUAAACAUUGUAUUAUAUGAGUUAUGUAUUUUUAUGUAGUUUUUGUAACAGUUUCUGGACUUAGAGAUAUUUCCUGUAUCUGGAGAUAAUUAAGUUACCACAGCCACUUAAGCCAAUUAUCUCCAGGAUAGAGGAGAAGAUAGACUGGCCGCACAGCCUAAAUUUGUGGAACUGUUUUGGGCAUGAAAGCCAUGCUUGCGGUCGGUCAAAUGUGACUUUCAUAAAACUUUUUAACCCCUGCUCUGAUAUGGGUGAUUUUUGGAUAUGUUGUUCACCCAGAUCAGGGCUAUCCAGUGAUAUAGGAUUUAUGGGGAUAUGUUGUUGUUUUGGGGUGUUUCUGGACUUUGGGUAAAAAUUAAUAUUUUCUGCCUGUGGUAAUUGAGUUAGUCCAUUGUGUUUGGUAAUUGUAUCACAGGCAGAGGGGAGGGUUUGUGUACAUUAGCUGGGAGUGUUUAACUGUACAAUACUGUGUUGAUUGGUUUGUGUCCUGUGCUCCACAAGGCAACCUUGUGGGGAAAAUGUGUAUAAAAUAAAUGACUUUGUGCUCAUUAAACAGACUUAUUCUACCUUUCAUGAAGUUUCGGCUCAUGUUUGGGGGAUUGGAGAACUACCUACACUCUAGGGAUUGCUAUAAUCACUAUACUCCCCAGAGUAAGCUAUUGUAAGAGCUUGUUCUUGUUCCUGUUCCUGCUCUCUAGAUUUAGGAGAGGUCUGCCUACUGUAAGCUGGUCCCUGUUCUUGGGCCCAGAGUAGGAGGAAGACGGUGAGACCCCAACCAAGCUGCGCUGGUUCAUGGGGUCUGCGGUGGUUAUGGUGUCUAGUGGAGUGCCUGGAGCCCUCGGGAAGCACUAGGAGCAUCCGUCAACAGAAGGUUCCCAGUUGGGGUGCCAGGCAAUCCGUUACAUAUAUAAUUUACUAUAUUUUUUAUAUAAAAUAUGAUGAAAUUUUUUUUUUUUAAAACACACCUUUUCGAACUUUGACCCCCAAAAUCUGUUACGCGUCUAUAACCACCAAAAAACACCCAUGCUAAAUAGUUUCUAAAUUUUGUCCUGAGUUUUGAAAUGCCCAAUGUUAACAUGUUCUUAGUUUUUUUGGAAAGUUAUAGGGCUAUAAGUACAAGUAGCACUUUGCUAUUGCCAAAGUUACAUUGUAACACUGAUAUCUGUCACGAAUCCCUGAAUAACCCUUCAUAUGUAUAUAUUUUUUUUAAAAGACAACCUAAGAUAUUAAUCUUGGGGUAUUUUGACUCUUUUCAUGCAACCAUUUUACCAUCAAUCUAUGCGAAAUUUAAAAAAAAUAAUAAGUGAUUUUAUUUUUACACACAUAGCAAUUUAAGAACACAUAUACUGAGAACUUUAAGGGUUACUGCCAAGGAACACCACAAUAUGUGCUCAGCAACAUCUCCUGAGUACAGUGAUACCACCUAUGUAUAGGUGUGUAGGGUUCUCUGGGGGCUAAAAUACCUUUUUCGGAAGGUGCGCAUUCCAGUUUUCCAACUUGGAAUUUUCACAGCUGGUCAUCAUGUACCCAUGUCUUAUUUGGGACAUUUUUGAAGCCGGCCAAUGUAAUUUACCCCCACCAAACCAUAUAUUUUUGAAAAGUAGACAACCCAGGGAAUUCAAUUUGGGGUAUGUCCAGUCUUUUUUACUAGCCACUUAGUCACAAACACUGGCCAAAGUUAGCAUUUAUAUUUGUUUGUGUGUUAAAAAUGCAAAAAACAAUUAUGAACGCUUACUUUGGCCAGUUAGACUGAACAUACCCCAUUUGCAAUACCUUGGGUUGUCUUCUUUUGCAAAUGGUAUGCCACCAUGGGGGUAAUUCUCAUUCCUGGGUUAACAAGCGCUCUCAAAGGUACAUAAACAAUCUGGCAGAUUUCUAUGUGAAAAAACGGCCUUAUAUUUGUCCCUGUAACUUUCAAAAACACUAUACAACCUGUACAUGUGGGGUACUGUUAUACGGAAAUAUUAAUGUUUCAAAACAGUAAAACGUAUUACAACAAUGAUAUCAUCAGUGAAAAUGACGUUGUGUGUGAAAAAUGCAAAAAAUUUACUUUCUCUGACAAUAUCAUUGAUGUGAUAUGUUUUACUAUUUUGAAACACUAAUACUUGUGUUCAGCGAAGUCUACUGAGUAAAACAGUACCCCCUAUGUACAGGUUUUUUCUUGAAAAGUUACAAUGUUAAAUAUAGUGCUAGCAAAUUAAAUUAUCUGGACUUUCAGCUUGGGUUGUCAGGCAGGUUCCCCAAAUUGCAAUCAAUAGAAUUACUUAAUUAUGUAAAAAUAUUACAUAAAUAUGCACGUAGAAUUAAAAAAUAUAUACAUAUUUAUAUAUUUGAAGUCUAAGUGUAUAUUUAUGAAAUUAUUUAUGUGAUUAUGUAUAUGGACAUAUGUAUAUUUUGUAUUAUUUUUAUAUAUACAUAGAUAUAUAUACAUGUAUAGAGAAAUUAAUAUCAAAAUACAGUUAAAAUAAAAUUAUAUAUAUUUUUUUUUAUUAUUUUUACAUUGGAACUAAUGUAGAGAGUGCCCUGGUGCAAAUAUGUUUUCUUGGCCCCCCUCUAGUGCAAGUGUGGCCAAAAGGUAGAUCUCCAUCUGUCGGAGAACUUCAACAAUGCUAUACCAGAUGGGGAGCUACCAUUUUCUUAUCAUUGCAGGGUUAUAUUUGUGAGCAGUGUUUGAGCGUUUGAAUGUAAGCAUGUUUUUGUAUUAAGUAUAUGUGUUCCAAAGAUCAUUGUGACAGUUUUGUCAGUGUUUAGGAAGAGGUUUUUUUUUUGCGAUCCACUUUUCUACCUCUGUAAACUGGUCUUCGAGCACAGCCUCAAGCUGCGGUAGAUUCAAUUUGCUUGCAUAGAUUACUGUGUCGUCUGCGUACAUUUGAGGAUUUGCAGACAUUAGGCAGAUCAUUUAUAAAUAAUGUAAAUAGCAGGGGGCCUUGGGGAACACCACACGUGACUGGGAGAGAUAGGGAGUCGCUGUCAGAAAUGGACACAUAUUGUGAGCGAUCCGAUGAUCUAAACCAGGUUAGUGGACAAUCACCAAUACCUGAGUUUUUGAGUUUGUGCAGUAGAAUGUCGUGGUCUACUGCAUCAAAGGCCUUUGCAAAAUCAAGAAAAAUAGCUCCAGUUAGGUCUCCUUCUCCAUGCCAGUUUGAGCUUAGCUCAUAGAGUGAAACGUGUUUAGCUGAAUUUUGGAUUUUACAUUUGGAAUUUUUUUUUAUUUUUUUUAAAUUCUUUAUUUUUCAAGUUUAGGUGAGGUAAAGGGUACAGAAUAAAGAUAGGGGUAGGGUAGCAGUGAUAUCCAAUACUUUUGCAGUUUCGUGUCAUUUCAUUGGUAUCAGUACGGUUUAUUGCGAAACCUCCUGUCAGUCUUCUAGGUUGAGUAGUUCAGUUUUUGUAUGUCUCAGGUAAAGGUUGAUACUUGGUCAUGGGUCUUGUCAUCUUCGCCUCUGAGGGCGUGUUUGACUCUUCCUGUGUUGUGUCUGUCAGGUUUGUGUCUCUUUCGGUUGUAUAUGGGUCUGGGGUUUGGUCUGCUGUGUUUGUUUUGUGUGCGGGUGAGGUAAUUGAGGGAGUUAGGUGGUCUCGACCCAUGGGUGGUCGUCUCAUUUAAGCUGUGGGUGUAGAGGCUUUCCAGUGUGGUGAAAUUCGGGUCUAUACUUAGUGCCUGAGGUUGUUCUCUAUAUUUAUUUCUGCUACUCGUGUUCGUGGUGUACGAGGUGUGGUAUUUUGUUUGUGUGCUGGGUGGGUUCCCUAGUCUUAUGAUUAUGCUUUUAUUUGUGUGGUUGGUGUGGGGGGGUAUGUGUAGGGUUCAGGGGGUUAGGGGGAAAUAUGUGGGGUCCUAGUUUGCUAUCAGUAGGGGGGUCUGUUUAGGGGGGGGGAAUCGCGUCUUGUUCCCGGGUCCUCCGUUUAUGCCAGUAGGUGGUGUUGGAUCCAUGGGUCCCAUAUCUUGUGAAAGUUUUGUGUUGUAUCGUGUAGUAGGGCUGACAGUUUGUCCAUUUCCAUUGUUUCUUGUGUUUUGUUGAUCAUAGUGGUUAGUUGGGGUGUAUUCUGAUUGCCCCAUUGUUCUGCUAUCGUCCGUCUGCUGGCUAACGCUAGUCUGGCCACCAGUUUAUUCUGCGCACUGGUGAGGGGGGGGUGAGGUUUAGAGAGCAGCCAUAUCCAGGGGUCUCUUGGUAUGUCUGUUUCUAAUAUGUCGGACGCGUGCGUGACCACUCUUUCCCAUAUUUGUAAGACCUGGGGACAUUCCCACCAGAGGUGGAUGUAUGUGCCCUUCUAUGUGCAGGCUUUCCAGCAUGUAUCUGUGGCGGCGAGGCCCAUUUGUUUCAGCCUGAGUGGCGUGAGGUACCAUCUGAGUAGGGUUUUAUAGGCUUGCUCUUCAUGGUUAGCGCAUAUGGUAAGCGAAGCCGUGGCUUCCCAUAUGUCUGCCCAAUCUGAGGGGUCUGCAGGGGGGCCUAUAUCUCUUUCCCAGGCCUUGGUGUAGAUGAGGGCGUUGUCUGGGGAGUGUGAGUUUAAGAGUGAGUAUUUUUUGUGAUUUGUCCUUUCUGCAUGGGUGCGUGGAGGCAUGUUUUUUCGAAUUGCGUUGGUUUGGUAGUUGCGGCUGCUCUAUUUUGUGGUUCAUUGAGAAAGCUACAAAUCUGUAUGUAGCGAAAGUGGUCGAAUGUGGUCAGGGGUGUCUGUUUGGGGAGGUCCUGGAAGGGGCAGAGUUGUUGGUCUUGGAAAAAGUGGAGGAAUCGGAACAGUCCGUUGUCCUCAAAUCGUGAGAAGUCUUUGGGAGUUAGGCCUGGGGGAAAUUGCUUAUUUCUUAGAAUAGGUGUGAGGGGUGAUGGUGUGUUUAUUAUGGGAUGUUUUGAUGUGAUGUCGUCCCAUAUGAGAAAAGAUGUGGUUAGUGUAGGAGUAGUUUGUGGGGUGGGUGGUCUAUCUUUCUUGGGUAGCCAAAAAAGCAGUGAUGGGUGGUCUCGUCCCAGGAGGUCAUGCUCUAGGUCUACCCAGAGUUUGAGUCCCGGUGGUGCGUGUAGCUGUUGUAUUUGGGCCAAUUGGGCCAAUUGGGCCGCUUGGUAGUAGUGGUAGAAGUUCGGGAGACCCAGGCCUCCUGUUUUUGUGGUUUUGUACAUUGUGGAUCUUUUUAUGCGCGGUCUCCUGUUUGACCAUAUAAAUCUGUCUAUAUGUAUUUGGAGUGUUUUAAAGUCGUGUUUGGAAAUAGGUAUUGGUAGUGUUUGGAAGAGAUAGAGAAAUCGGGGGAGGAGAUUCAUUUGUAUUGAGGCUAUGCGCCCUAUCCAUGAUAUGGACAUAGGUCCCCAUUUUUGCAGGUCCAGUUGUGCUUGGCGGGGAAGUGGUGUGUAGUUCAGGGCAUAUAUUGUGUUCAGGUCUGCCGGAAGAUUUGUUCCUAGGUAGCGUAUAUUGCUUAGGUUGUAUUUAAAUGGGUGGGAUAGUUGUAGUUGUUCCAGAGUGUAUUGUGGUAUUGCUAUUGGGAGGGCCUCUGUUUUCUUUAGGUUGAGUUUAUAUCCCGAGAGGGUUGCGUAUUGUUGGAGAAGUGUUAGUAGGGGUGGUAAAGAGUGGGUGGGGUCCGAAAGUGUGAGGAGGAUGUCGUCAGCAUAGGCCGCUAUUUUGUAUUCUUGACCUUAUCUUAAUGCCCUGUAUCGUCUGUUCGUUUCAUAUGUUUUGAAGGAGAGGUUCAAGCGAGAGGGCGAAUAAGAGUGGGGAGAGUGGGCAGCCUUGUCUUGUCCCGUUUUUUAUUACAAAUUCUGGGUAUUUGGUGUUGGGGAUGAGAAGUGAGGCCAUGGGUUGGUCAUAGAGGGCUCUUAGGGCGUCUAGGAAGGGAGUCGGGAAUUUGAAUUUCUGGAGGGUGGCAAACAGGAAUGGCCAGAGUAAUCAGUCGAAUGCUUUUUCGGCAUCCAUUGAUAGGAGGAGGGUUGGGGUCUGUCUUCUGCGUGCCACGCAAAUAAGGUCGAGUGCUCGUCUCGUGUUGUCUGCUGCCUGUCUUGUGGGGAUGAAGCCCACCUGGUCAGGGUGUAUUAAUUUCGGUAGGAGUAGUUGGAUCCGGUUGGCUAGGGUUUUAGUGAUUAUUUUGGUGUCUACAUUAAGUAGAGAGAUGGGUCUAAAGUGGCCUGGGUCUAGGUGCGUUUUGUCCGGUUUUGGGAUGAGGCAGAUGUUUGUUCUGAGCAUUUCCUUUGGGAGUGGGUUUCCUUGGAGGAGUGAGUUCCCUAGUGCUGUGAGGUAUGGUAUUAGUGUGGUAUUGCGUAUGUCUUAUAGUAGAGGCUUGUGAAUCCAUCUGGUCCUGGGCUUUUGUUGGGUUUAAUAGUUUUUAGUGUGUUUGCUAUUUCCUCUGUUGUGAUAGGGGCAGAUAAUUUUUCUAUCGCCGUGUUCGUUAGUGAUGGGAGAGGGGUGUUCCGGAGGUAUGUCUCGAUGUCGUGUGUUAGGGUUGGCGAUGGAUCAGGAUUGUGAUUAUAAAGUGUUGUGAAGUAUUGGGAGAAAAUCCUCGCUAUGCGAUCCGGACUUUCGUGUGUGUUUCCUCCCGGGGAGUUUAUUUUGGUGAUGCGUUUAUUGUGUGUUUUUUGGCGUAGUUUGCGGGCUAAGAGGGUGUCUGCCUUAUUUGAUUUCUCGUAGAAGAGCUGUUUGCUCCAUUGGAGGGCUCUUUGUGAGUCUUUGGCCAUGUAGGAUUUAAUGGCUUGUUGGUGAGUUUUGAUCUGUGUUAAAAUUGGUGGGGUUGGGUUUUGUUUGUGUUGAGUCUCUAGGGUCCUUAGCGAGAGGAGGUGGUCUUUCAGUUCCUUUAAUUUUUGUUUUUUGUGUUUCGUGGCUUCAGCUAUCAAUUUCCCUUUUAUGGUCGCUUUGUGAGCUACCCAUAAUGUGCCUGUAGAUUCUACUGAGUCCUUGUUUAAUUGGAAGUACUCUGUGAGCGUCGUUUGAAUGGAUGCCCUUAUUUCGGGGGUAUGUAAGAGUGUUGGGUUUAGUCGCCAUGACCAUGUUCUAGCUGUUUGUGGGAUUGAGAGUGUUAGGGAUAUCUCUGCGUGGUCGGACCACGUGAUCGUACCUAUAGUUGUUGUAAUGUCUUGGGUUAGGAGGGAAGGGGAUAUCAGGAACAUAUCAAUCCUAGAGUAGAAGAGAUGAGGGUGGGAGUAAAAAGUGAAGUCAAGGAUUGUGGGGUUUUGCAUUCUCCAUGUCUUGGAGACCUGAGUGGAGUACAAAGUUCGAGAGUAGUUUGUCUAUUCUGGCCACUGGGGCUGUUUUGCCAGUGCAUGUGGUUUGUCGUUGUCGGUCUGUUUGGGGGUUGAUGACCGCGUUAAAGUCUCCCCCUGUGAUCACGUGGUGGGAGGGGAACAGUUGAGGUGGGCUUGGAUGGCUGUCCAGAAGGAUGGGUCUGGGUUGUUGGGGGCAUAUAUCGUGGUGAUCGUGUAUUUGUGAGUGCCUUGCUGUCUUGUUAUAGUGAGGAAUCUACCUUGAGGGUCAGCUGUGGCAUGUGUUCUGGACGAGUAUCGCUACUCCGUUAUGUUUUGGAAAUAUUUUAUUCAGACUUUUUUUAUUUUAUAGAAGAAGUACUAAUUCUGUUUUAAUUUAUCACUAAUAAAUUAUUUUUAAUAUUUUACACUUAUUAGUCCUACAAGUACUUUCUAGCCAUCAGGAACCACAUUUGGGGAGUGCUAUCCCAAUAAAAGCAGCACACUGUCAAUCAACCUCAGAGCCAGGAAUCCAGGGCUCUGUUAAAGGUGAGCAUAACCAUUACCACCAAUACUAUAUUUACGUCUUCAUACAGUACUACUCAGCUGGUUUGUCUCUUUCUUGUUCUAUAUUCCUGGAGGAAUAUCAUUCGGGACAAGGGGUGUGUUGCUGCCCAAAAAGCAAAAAGGAUUUAUUUACGGAGCCAAUACCAUAUAGGCUCCAGUCCAUGUGAGUGGUUUAAUCAUUUUCUACUAUCACUCAUUUCCAUUUGAAAACCAUCUGCACUAUAUAUUGUUUUCCUUUUAUUUCCCUUUGUAUGCAUACUCAAGUGUAUACUUCCAGGUUGUUACUGUAUUGAAGGCGUGAGUGUACCCCUUUAUUAUCCAUAUUGUAAUAGCGCUCCACUUGUUAGUAUAUAGCCUAUACCAUUUUCUUUUAUAUCUGUAUUGUAUUGUGGAUAAAGGGUAUUCCACUUUUUGUGUUGAGCUGCUUCCACUGCUUAGGCACUUUAGAGUAUCACUCACUAUCCCUGGUAAGAGAUAGCUGUUUCUUGCAUUCAAUUUUUAUUGUAGCUCAACCUCCAUAAAUAAAGCGAACACCCUUACCCACAUGCUACCACCAUGCUACCAUCUACUUAAGCAUUGACGUAAGCAAUGCUUACCCCUUACCACCUCCCCUUCAGAGCGGCACUCCACCACACACACGAAGACCACUAGUCCUUAUAAAUCUUUAUCGGACCUAAGCCAACUAUGACUCAUGUGUACAACAUACAUAUCUCAUAAGCCGUGCUGUUCAUCUACACGUCAUAAUGUUUUAUCCAUGCAUCUGUACUGAGAGUUCCACCAAUGACAUUGUUUGUCAAUUCUUCUUUUCUCCGCACAAAAACAUAAAGAGUUUAAAUUAACUAUUAACGCCAUGCUGAAAACAAGGUAGAUAUGCCAGCCUAACAGAUGUUAACAUAGCCUUACAUUCUCCUUAACAAAAAAUGUGCAGCUCGCUCAGUGCCCAGUACAAUCUAUUGAUGUUAUAUAAAUGCGUGCUGUUGUGGCACAUUGUAUAUGCUUGUUAUUCUUUUGCACAAGAAAAAUAAAGAAUUUUUUUUUUAAAACAACCACCACCACCUUAUGGGGCCACACAUUACUUCUUCAUGGUGGAUAUUAGGUAUAAUGAAGAAAUAGAAACAAUGGCUGACUAAUAGACUACUAACUGUGUAUGUCAGGUAACACUGAUGAAGACACAUUUUAGUCCAAGCUUAGUUCAACUCUUGUGUCUGUUACUAAUUUACAUUGCUAUUUCCCAGUAUUCCUUUAUUAAAAUGGUUCCAAAUAGGAAAACCUCCCAGCUAUUACAGAAUGUCAUCUCCCAUGAUGCUUUGCCAGUUGUAAGGCUGCAUGCCUCCCAAGUGUCCCUAUUUAGGAGGGACAGUCCAUAUUUUGGGACCAAUCGCUCUGUCCUUCUUUUCUACCCUAGUGUCACUCCAUAUUGUUGUUGUGUCUGAGUGUAUACCAUUGUUUCAUCACAAUAAAACUCCCAGCAAUGUGUCUUUAAACUACAAUAAACAUGUUAAAAUACAUUAUUUUUGUUCUUCAUAGCAUUUUAAGUGCGUACAUUGUAGUUAGUAAGUUACCUACAAUUUCCCAACAUUUCAAAUGGCAAAAUUAUAGACACCUCAAAAGUUAGUGUUUGGAUAUUUCCAUUUGAAAUGUUUGGUGGUGCGAGGCUGGCAAAACAUAAUAGAGGACUUGAGAUAGAACAAGGAAUACCUCUUGGUUUUAUUGUUAUACAAGUCCACAUUUUUGCCACAUGCUUGUAUGCAGCAAGAUUCCAUUAGUCCUUAGAUUAGUAAAAAUAAGUGUUUUGUUACAUUUGCAAAAACACACAAACUUUUCAAGAUUAUUUACUAACUCUCAACGGUAGCAAUUAAAAGUUUGAAUGGCUAAACUGAGACUAAAAUAGCCACGCUGUGACUAUAGCAGAGUUGGAGAGAUUUUUCAGAUGCCCUCAAUUUGGAGUUUGGUAAAUACCCUGCAAAUGUUUCACAAUUGUUUGUUUGAAUUAAUGUGAUUGAAAUUAGUGUUUGCAGUUUUUUUGUUUUUUUUUGCACUUUUCUUUCUUUCUAAUUAUUAAAAACAAAUAUAAAAGACAAAAAACAUUUCGGAUUGCCAUCUCCUGGUAAUGCUGAGCUGUGGCUUGAACACAACGUAAAAAGGUUGUCUAGGAAUUAAAUGUAAAGAACGGUGUCCUUGAGUGAGCCACUGACUCCCUCUUGCCAUAUGUUGCUUAAUGAUCCCAGAAAUACAUUUUACAUGCAUCUCCCUUUAAACUACUGUGACAAUAAACACUUUGAUGGAAACCUGUCACACGCUUCAUUUAUUCUAUUUUUUUCCUUUUAAACUUUUUUCUUUACACAAGAAACCACUGUCGCGGUGAUUUUUUGUGAUGAAAUAGGCAAACGGAGUAAUUAAAACCAAAAACAAAACCCUAAUUAUCUGGGACACAUUUUCCAGUAGACUGGCUAUCUUGAGAAUUGUACUUCAGUUAAUCGUCAGAUCUACAUGACCCCGAUUUAAAACAACCGUGAACUGCUUAUAGUCAAGAGAGCUGAAUGCAACUAAUAGCGUUUUUGUUUGUGUGUUUGUUUGGCUUUUGCUUGAACUUCGUUUAAAGAGGAAGUUCCUCUUUAACCCCUUAAGGACACAUGACACGUGUGACAUGUCAUGAUUUCCUUUUAUUCCAGAAGUUUGGUCCUUAAGGGGUUGAGGGAAUUUAUAAUUUCCUAUUUCUUCUGUUAAAUAAAAGGGGCGUGUGUCUGUGGUAGAACUGAAGGAGCGCUUAAUAAAUUGCAUAUUACGCAUCCCAAUUUCCAAUUAUAUAUAUUUUCUAUUGGUCUAAAGUUAUAAAAGACUUACCUGCACACUACCCCCAAACCCUGUAUCUAUUUAAAUAUUGGAAUGUGGGAACGUGCACAUGUAACUUCUUGUUUAUAUAUUUAGGCUGAUGAAUACUAUAGCCAAUAUUACUGCCCAAACGUGAUAGGAGCUGAAGUGCAUGGGGGCUAAUGACUUUUUAUAUAAUGUUGUAAAACCUAUUUCUGCUUUGGUUUCCAGGAUGGAGCGUGAUGCAAAGUUUGCUCAAAAGAAAGCAGAGAGAGCAACUCUGAGAGUGCAUUUAAGGGAGAAAUAUAAACUUCCACAGGUAAAAACAACAACAAAAAUUUUUUUGCAUUCUCCAUUCACUUUUUGUUUCUUUCAUCUCCCAUGCACUAAUUGAAUAAAUCUUUAAACAUAUGUUAAAGGAACACUAAACAUGUAUUCCUGACCCUAUUGUGUUAAUACGACCAUUUAGGUGGCUUGCCCCCCUUAACCCCUUAAGGACACAUGACAUGUGUGACAUGUCAUGAUUCCCUUUUAUUCCAGAAGUUUGGUCCUUAAGGAGUUAAGGGGUUAAAAGGUAAGAAAACUUACCUUAUUUCCAGUCUGCCGGCACUGGCACCACCCCCGAUCUGCCUCCUUGGCUGACAUAAUCUGAAUUGAUGAUCUCAACCAAUCCAAUGCUUUCCCAUUGAAAGCAUUUGAUUGUCUGAGAUUGUCAAGGGGGUGGAGUAGGGAUGGGGCCAAAUGCUGGCUUAGCCAAUCAGCAUCUCCUCAUAGUGACGCAUUGACUCAAGGCAUCUCUAUGGGGAAGUUCAAAUGCAUCUCUAUGGGGAAACUCCAGUGUCUACAUGCAGAGGGUAGAGAUACUGAAUAUCAGUGUUGCACACUGUACAGCACUGCCCUGGAAGCACCUCAACAUGCCAUCUAAGGAUUGGCCACUGGAGGUGUCCCUAGGGAGCAAUGUAAACACAUAAUGCAUAAACGAAUAUUCCCUUCUCACCUGGGACAUAAACGAAUAUUCCUUUCUCCCACAUCAUACAAGGUGAUAUUAACAUUUACAUUGUUAAAGCGCUACAUUCUUUAUUUCAAUGUAAACACUGCCUUUUCUCUGAAAUGGCAGUGUUUACAGCAAAAAUGCUGCAGGGACUAACUAUACACACCAGAACAACUACAUUGAGCUGUAGUUGUUCUGGUGACUUUAGUGUCCCUUUAAAUCUUAUUAGUGUUUCUUAUUUAACUUAAAAGAAAGUAGAGAACUGAAAUAAAUGUUCUUCAAAGUUCUUCUAAUUUUUUAAUGAACUUUCCUUUAAAAUUGUUGUUUUUAAAAGGGUGUAUCUAUUGAGGAAUUUACUAAAUAUUAUUAUAAAAAAAUGAAUGACAUUGCAUCUAUUGUGAACGUUCCAUUUUUACAUUCUCCAAAAUAUUAACAGCUAUAUUACCAGAAUGACUUCUUUGAAAUGUAUUUAACAAGUGGGUUGACAAAAGUUAAAAAAAUAAUAAUAAUAAAUAAAUUGCAACAUUUAGGUCAAAAUAGCCGAACCAGCAUUUUAGUCAAAUAAGUGAUAUUUUUUUCCCACCAACCCGAAAUCUAAAAAUCUAAAAUAUUUCACCCCCAAAAAAGUAAAAAGGCACAAAACUGUCAGCAAACAAACUUCCAAAGUGUCAGCUGGAUGUAGUCUGCAGAAUCUAAAUAAAGUGUCUUAAUAAGAAGGGGUGAAGUUUGCGGUGGGUACAAUGGUGGGUUGUAUGCAUCAAAUUUUGUAUUGGGCUGAACCCCUAGAAGCCCUUGAAAUUAGCAAUGUUCUAUGGUAGAAGCAGUGGAAAUGGAGGGGUCCUCAUAAUUCCAAGUAAGGACGUGCCCUUUAUACCGAUUACUUAUCCAGUAAAUGUUGCUCAAUAUGAACUGGCUACAUACUGUUUUAAGAUUCUCUGUUUUACCCUUAUUCCAUUGCAGAACAUUAGUAUUACCGUGACUUGAGAUGUUAUUAUGCUGAUUAAAUGACCCCGUCACUUCCUCUUCUGUUUUGACAUCUCCAUCCUCAAUCUGAGUUAAAGGACCACUAUAGGCACCCAGACCACUUCAACUUAAUGAAGUGGUCUGGGUGCCAGGCCCAGCUAGGUUUAACCCUUUUUUCUAUAAACAUAGCAGUUUCAGAGAAACUGCUAUGUUUAUAAUAGGGUUAAUCCAGCCUCUAGUGGCUGUCUCAUUGACACCCGCUAGAGGGCUUCCGCGCUUCUCACUGUGAUUUUCACAGUGAGAAGACGCCAGCGUCCAUAGGAAAGCAUUAAGAAUGCUUUCCUAUGGACUGGCUGAAUGCGCGCGCGGCUCCUGCCGCACAUGCGCAUUCAGCCGAGGAGGAGGAGAGUCCCCUGUCCGGCGCUGGAGAAAGAGGUAAGUUUAACCCCUUCCUCCACCCAGAGCCCCUUCCUCCACCCAGAGCCCGGCGGGAGGGGGUCCCUAUAAACGAGUAUGUUUUCCUAGCACUAUAGUGGUCCUUUAAAUGAUAUGUUGCUGUGCUAAUAUGAGGUGUUAAACCAUAGGAUUUCAAUGUGCAUUGUGCUGAUUCAGAAGGCACAGCAAUGUGGGAGUGCUUUGCUCUUACGUAAUCCAUAUAUGUAUCAUAAGGCUUGUCCUUCAUUUAAGUGUGUCUACUCUAGAGGUAUAAAGAAGAUAUUUAUCUGCAGUAGAAUGUAUCUAACACAAAUCCUGAAGUUAAAAAGAGAUCUGUAACAAUUUACAAAACCAAAUUGCAAUUAGAGCACUUAGGACAGCGUAGUAUAGUUGACUCCAUUUAACAAAGUAUACAUUUUUUGUGGAGGGCAAGUUUAUCAGGUUACCUCUGAUCCUGUCUCAGACAUCCACCACUAUCCAAGGUCCUCGCACGCAUCUGUGCCACCUUUAUAUGUCCAUGCUGUGAGUACACAAAAGUUGGACCCAUCUCACUUUAUCAUGUUUUCUAUAAUGAUUCAGCUAUUGCCAAGUCCAUACAUAUUUAUGCCAGUGAAACAAUCACAGCUUGCUUGAUCAUGCUUUCUUCUGCUGUGAUUACGGUUGUGGUGUGUUCUCAUAUCCCUGAUCAUGACUUUCUAAAUUAUUCUCCUGUGCUCUGCUGGGGCUUUUCCAUGUUUGUCACUAUGCUAACCAAUUGUUACUUUCAUUUUGACCUGUCCAUAGCCUUGCUCAGUUUCACUUGUCAGAACGUGUAUUUUUCUCCUUUAGAGAUACAUUUCAUGACAUAAAGAAUGCUAAAGUCCGGUAAUAAUCAUUGUUGAUCCCCUUACACUUUAGUUCAAUAUUCAUUUAUUUGCAUACCCUCUAUUUCACAUAGUUCCUACACUGGCAUAGGAACCAUAAACAAAAUGACAGAAAAGAGGGAAUGAUUCCAUUUUAAAAGAACAUUGACCAGCUGAAUGAUUGAUGGGACAGUAGAUGGGUGAUGGUGAAUGUCACUGUCCUCAUCCAGAGAAGAGGAUUUUCACCCAAGUCCCAGGAAUGAUCUCUCAGACUUAAAACCUAAAAGUAGAAUGUGGAGAGAAUGCAAAUAUGAUUUUAUGAUAAAAUCAUUAGUUUUUUUUCACCCUUUUUUUCUUUUUCAACAUAUUCAGAGUUUGUCCAUCAAAUUACAUGGAAACUCUAACAUUCAAAUAAACAUAUUUAAAAAGUUUGAGCUUGCUACAUAUGACAUUCAAUUAUUGCCCCCAAACCCUCCCCCCCCAAAGAACUUAAUGACACUAUAGUCACCCCAACCCCCUUCAUCUCAAUUAAGUGGAUUUGGUGCAGUGGUUCUGUCUAGUUAAAGGACCACUAUAGUGCCAGGAAAACAUACUCGUUUUCCUGGCACUAUAGUGCCCUGAGGGUGCCCCCACCCUCAGGGCCCCCCUCCCGCCCGGCUCUGGAAAGGGGAAAGGGGUUAAAACGUACCUUUUUCCAGCGCUGGGAGGAGAGCUCUCCUCCUCUGAUCCUCCUUCUCUCCUCCCCGUCGGCUGAAUGCGCACGCGCGGCAAGAGCUGCGCGCGCAUUCAGCCGGUCACAUAGGAAAGCAUUCAUAAUGCUUUCCUAUGAACGCUGGCGUGCUCUCACUGUGAAAAUCACAGUGAGAAGCACGCAAGCGCCUCUAGCGGCUGUCAAUGAGACAGCCGCUAGAGGAAAUAGGGGAAGGCUUAACCCAUUCAUAAACAUAGCGGUUUCUCUGAAACUGCUAUGUUUAUGAAAAAAUGGGUUAACCCUAGCUGGACCAGGCACCCAGACCACUUCAUUAAGCUGAAGUGGUCUGGGUGCCUAGAGUGGUCCUUUAACCAAUGGUCCUGUCAUGUUAACAAAUUUAAACCUCUUUAGUUUAGAAAAAAGUCACCUGAGAGGGGAUAUGAUAACAUUAUACAAAUAUAUCUGGGGCCAAUACAAACCAUUGUCUGGAAAUCUAUUCACAAACCGGACUUUACAUAGGACACGAGGUCAUGCAUUUAGACUGUAAGAAAGAAGAUUUCGUCUAAGGCAAAGAAAAGUUUUUUUUACUUUAAGAACAAUAAGGAUGUGAAAUUCUCUGCCUGAAGAAGUGGUUUUAUCUGAGUCCAUACAGAUGCUCAAACAUCAACUAGAAGCUACUUGCAAAAACAGAAUAUUCAAGGUUAUAAUUUUUCAAUGUAGGGUAAUAACUUCUUGAUCAAAGGAUAAAUUUGACUGCCAUUCUGGGGUCAAGAAGGAAUUUUUUUCCCCUAGUUUGUUGCAAAAUUGGAAGUGUGUCAAACUGUUUUUUUUCUGCCUUCUUUUGGAUCAACAGCAAAAAACAAAUGUGACGAAGGCUGAACUUGAUGGACGCAAGUCUCUUUUCAGCUAUGUAACUAUGUAAUUCAAGGUAAAACAUUGCCGUUUUGCUGUUACACUGACGGCUACUAUAGGGGCUUCCACUGCACUGACAAUGUAAAUCUCAGUUAUGUGACAUUGCCGCCCCUAUAGGAAACCAGUAAUUCAUUGCUUUUCUAUGUGGAAGAAUUGAUGCACGUACGACAUGGACAUUAGCUCCCUAAUGCUCCUCUACGAGAAGCAUUGGAUUGGAUGAUCACAAAGUAGGCCAUGUCUCAUCCAUAAUGUUAUGAGAGGUGGAGUGAUAAGAAGCAACGAAGAGCCUCAGAGCUGCAAAAAAAAAAUAUAAACUCACCUUUUGUACAGACACAUAUCUGAGAUCAUCCUGACAGAGGGUCUCUGACUGAUCUAAUGUUUCUGCACCAAGCAGUAUUCCAGCCCUAAUGUACAUGCACAGCAAUCACCUCACUAGCCUGCAAUAUUCUCCUCAUAGCCUUCACAUAGUUGACAUCAUUGUGCUGUAUCCUUGGCAACAAUCAGAUCUGCCAGGUGUUUUACUAUAACCUGGCUCAGGUAGCACUAUAGAAUGUUCAGGUGGUGUGGGCAGCCAAAGCCUGUCGAAGUAAUAUUAUGAACUCUGCUUGGAAUGGUUAAGAACUGGGUUUACACAAAGAUUUUGGCCACAGGCUUGGACUUCACAAUAAAAUGACAUAGCUUGCAUAGUUUUUGCAUUAGGCAGAGAAUUAAGGCACAAAAUAAAUUUUAUGGUUUAUGGUUUGUGUGUGAAAAUUGGCUGGGGAGGUCUGACAUGACGGCUCUGGGAAGCAGUGUUCCUGCGAACACUAAUUGGACAAUAUAAAGGGGUGAGUCACAAUCUUUGGAUGAGAUAAUGAAGGAUUAACAGUUCCAAUUCAGCGCAGGAUGUUUUUCGUAUUUGUAAAAAAAAAAACACUGCUUCCAAGGAAAGUCUCACCGGAGUCUCACAAAAAAACCAAACUAAUUUGGCAAAGAUUUUAGAGCACGUUCUUGUAAGUCACUUUAAGUUUUUCGAAUCGGACUUGCCAGUUUGCUACUAAGUCUCCUUAAAUAUUCCCACUCCUUAAAUAUUCCCAGCCUCAUGUAAAACUCUUUUGAUAGCAUUUUUCCCAUUUACCGACCAAUAUGUGCUUGGGUUAAUGGGGAGGUUGGCCUGGUUAAUCUUUUCUGAGUGAUUUAUUCUGUCUGUUCCUGGGUAGAACUCAGUCUACAUUUAGGGAUUUGCUUGGAAGGAGUAAGAAUUGAACGAUUUUGAUUUUCUUCACGCUGGACUUAAUGAAGAUCUGUUGUAUUUGAAGAAAUCUGUAUACAGAACUGACCAGAAGCUGCAAGCUAAGCUAUAUUGGUUUACUGCAUCUCAACAAAGUUAUAGAAAAUAUAGAAUAAAAUGACUAUCUUUAUGUUCCAAAAAUUCCAUGCAGGCUAGAGAAUAGACUAAGUGUAUCGUUCUAAAGAAAAAAAUUUAUGAUUUCAGAAUGCUCAAAGCCAAAAGUUAAAGAAUCUUCAUGAAUCUUUAUGAGUUUUUUUCAUAAUAUGUAGAACUGGUGGCAAGUAUGUUACUGACCACUAAUUUAAUAUAUUGGUAAAUGUGUUCAAAAUCUGGCUAUUUCAUAUUGGGAAUCAUGACAGGUUAACUCGUGAUUAGUGAUGCUGCCACUAAAUUGGAUUUCCCAUGAACAUCACACUUACUUGUGUGUGACCAUGUUCUACUACCUAUAGACUGUAACAGGGCCGUCUUUAAUAUCGAUUGGACCUUGGGCAAAGCAUUUGCUUGGGCCCCCCGGGAUCCUGUCCCCACUCCCCAGGCGUGCAAUCACGUCCUCAACCCCAACGCAGUGGCGGACCUAAAGUAGAAAGGUGCAAGAAUUUUUUUGGGCCUCCCUCUCGCACGGGUGAUUAAAAGGUAAAUGUCCAUUUGUCGUGCAACUCCAGAAAUGCAUUGACAGCUGGGGCUAUACCAUAUACCCAUGUUUGCAGGUUUGUAUUUAGCACUAAGCAGUUUUUGUGUGUUUGAAUGUUUUUGUAUGGAGUAUGUUUGUAUGUGGUGUUGGCGUGACUGCAAGCAUGUAUUUAUGUGUAGUGUGGUUUUUUUGAUUGCAGGGAUGUAUUUACAUAUAAUUUUGUUGUUUAAAAGACAUGUGUUUGUACGUAGUGUUGAAGUUUGAAUGCAGGGGUGUAUUUGUGUGUAGUGUUAGUGUGUGAAUGCUGAGAUGUAUGCACAUAUACACACACACAGAUAUACAUACUGACACACAUGUAGAUAUACAGACACAUAUACACGCUGGCACACAGAUACACAACCUGACAAAUAUGCAGACACACACAUAGAUACACCAAAACACACAAAGACAACAUACAGAUACACACACAGACUUCAUACAGAUACACACACAUAUAUACACACUAACACUAACAGAUAUACUGGCACAUAUAGAGACAGACAAACUGACAUACACACGCACACAGACAUACUGACGCACACUGACAGACAUACUGACACACAGACUGACAGACAUACUGACACACACACAUACUGACAGACAUACUGACACACACACACACACUGACAGACAUAUUGACACACACACUGUCAUACUGAUUCACAUAGACAUACUGAUACACACACACAGGCUUACUGACACACACACACACAGAUAUACUGACACAGACAUACUAAAACACACAUACUAAAACACACAUACUGACAGACAUACUGACACACACACACACACACACACAGAUAUACUGACACACACACACUGACAGACAUACCAACACACACACACAUACACAUAAACACACACACACAAAAAAAGUUUACACUUUUAAACCCACCCUUCAGUUUCCUAUCUUGGAGGCUGGCUUACCUGCUGGUGGCUGAAGGUGUUGGGAGUUGGGGUCUGGCUCUCUCGGCCAGCCCUCCUCACCUCUGCCUACUAUUCUCUCCAUUGUGUGCUCCUCUCUUUGUGGGAGGUAGUGACACGCGGCCGUCACUUGCUCCCAGCCGGCUGCUGAAAAGUACGGUGCCCUUGCUGACAGAAGCCCACCAGGUGGCCCUUAGUGAAUGGGCCACCCGGUGGGCCUCCUUAGUGUGCGGGUUACCGGCCGGGGGGGGGGAGUAAUGGUUGAGGCCAGCAGGGCCCACGGUGCAGCUGCUUUGGGCCCCCCAGGAGUAACUGGACCUGGGGCAGCUGCCCCGUUUGCCCCGCGUUAAAGACAGCCCUGGACUGUAAGCUCAUUUGAUCAUGGUACUCUUUAACCUAUUGUUCCUGUAAGUUUUUUGUAAUUGUCCUUGUUAUAGUUAAAUCCCCCCUCUUAUAAUAUUGAAAAGCCCUACGGAAUCGGUUGGCUCUAUAUAAAUGGCAGUAAUAAUAAUAAUAAUAAUACUACAUGACUCUUUUGGCUGCUAACAGCAGAUUAAUGUAUGAAUAAUGCUGUUGGCAACAAGCUGGUCUUUUAAUGAAUUUGCUUGGGACUUGUUAAAGUACAUUAUUCUAAAGUAUUUAUAGGGUCAAAUCCUAAAAAUUAAACCAGGCUUUUGACAGUAUGGAUUUAAAGGAUUACUCCACGCACCAUGAACACUUACUGAAACUCUGCACAUACUGAGAUAAGUAACAAAUUCGUGGUUACCACACCACAAAUCAGAGUGGUACGUUCUGGUGGUCACCACAAUUUGUUACUUUUAGACACAUGAUUUUAGUGUGGUAGGUUAGGAGAAACCCACAACUGAUUAGACAUUGGGGAUCACUGUAUAAACAAGAGCUGACCUGUGCCUGGGUCCCCAUGGAGCCAUGGCCCCAGGUGGCAAUUUGACUGGGGCAGCAUUUUGGCGUUGCUGACUGGGCUUCCCCUCUCUACCCGCUCUCUGCCAGCAACUUGUGCAGCAGGGCAUCAGGGGAUGGUGGCUUGCGGUCAGGAAAAUUUUGGUGCAGCUUGGGCCCAUCAGGAGGUCUUGACCCUCACACUUUAGGCCCUCCAAUGGGCAAAAUCUCUGCAAGGCCGAGCAGAAUACUGCAGCACUUUAUCUGCACAUCGGACUGGGCCCCUUUCACCUUUGCAGUUCCCCUACACGAUGGCUGAAUUGGGAGGAAGUGAUCACACUUCACUUCCUCCCAUUGCACAGAGAACCGUAAGUGGAAGCAAACGCAGGACCGAUGCACGGGAGUCCCUACCCUGGCAACCCACUCCUUUUCAUCCUUGGAUCCAGGUAACACAAUGUCUUGGGCAGGCCCUGGUAUAAAAAUAUAAUUGCAUGCCAAAUAAGUGCCAAAUUCAUGGAUUCUAUCUUAAGUGUUUGAGAUAUUUGAUGGUACUACUGGAGAUGUAACUCUACCUCUGGCAGCAUCAUCCGCCUUGUUCUAGACUGGCAAAUGUCAAUUCUGUGUACAUUCUUUGCCAUUUACUGACGCUCUCAGUCAUUGAAUGGCCAUCAGGAUCUACAUUAGGCUUCUGCAGCUCUGUCGAUCUCUAAAUACCUCUGAAACUUGACUCAAAUGUGACAUAGUAAAUGUAUGUGUUCUUCGAAUCACAAAUUAUCCCAUUUAUUAACAAAUAUAAUCAUAUUUUAUAGUAAUUCAUCUUGUCAUGUACACACAUACACCAUGUCUGAAAUUACUCUGUCUUUGACAUAUUGGGGUAAAUAAUUAAAUUUACUUGAUUGGCUAUUAAUUUAGAAUAUUCUUUUUUUUCAGAGUGAAAGGGAUGAAAAUCAGAUACAGAUGGCAGGCGAUGACGUGGACUUACCAGAGGAGCUCCAAAAAAUGGUAGCUGAAGAUCAAGACGAAGAGGAAGAAAAAAACUCAAUAUUAGGACACAUCCAAAACAUUCAAAACAUGGAUAUGGACACAAUUAAAGAAAAGGCAACAGCUACAUUCACUGAAAUGAAACAAGCAGCUGAGGAGAAGUGUCUUCUGAUGUGAUGCCCGAGGACUAAUGAAUGGAACAUUCUUGGUGGGCAUGUCUACUGUUGAUGAAUUCAUAGCAAGGAAAUUCUACAAUUUAUGUUCAUCCCCUUCCUUACAGACACAUUUUAUUCCAUCCUAUUCAUGGUGUGCGAUGACCAUUUUGAAAAUAAUUUGUGGAACUUCAGAUACAUAAGAGGAAGAAAUCUGCAAUCUAGGGUAAAAUUCUGUGGGCCCGGUGCUUAAAGAAAUAAAAGGAAGGAAUAGCACUCAGGGUCGUUACAAACAAUGAAAAAUAACGUUUAUUGAUGUGUCAACGUUUAAGUUUAAACAUGGUGUACUUGCCAACCUCUCCAAAAAUGUGUAAAGAUACCCCAAUAAUUCCAGUGUUAAACCUUUAAACAAGAGUCCUGGACAACGACAAAUUACAACUUUUGAGCAAAGGUCUAUACUUUGUACCCAAUCCAUACAUAUAUAUAUAUCCAUCCAUCCAUGGGGGUCUACUUGUACUUGCCUGAGUGCUUACUUUAGGCAAACUAUAUAGUCAAAGAGAAUUGCAAUCACAGGUCUCUGUAGGUAGUUAUAGUUCCUUUAUAACACAGCAAAAAAUCUGUUAACGUUUCAGUCGAAUGUGGGACAUUGUUCAAGAUUUCUUUUUGGUGUAUCGUAUUGCACAAUAAAGGAACUAAAACAAUCUACAGAGACCUGUGAGUACACUUUUUUGAAUAUAUAUGUGAGUGCGCUGGAUCUUGUGUAAUAUAUAUAUAUAUAUAUAUAUAUAUAUAUACAUAUAUAUACACACACACAUACAAAAAUAUAAUUUGCUGAUUGGUAAUUUAAAAAAGAUAGUUUGCUAACACAUUCUAUUUAGUUGUUUUCAUAAAGUGGAGGCUGGUGGAGUUUAAAGAUGGUACCCUCUUACUUGUUGGGUACUGCCCAUUUAGGAACAUAUGCUAAAUCCUGACCCAACGUGAAAUUAUGUCUUAUUCAGCACCAUAAACAUUAUGAUACAUGUAUGUGGAAAAAUCAACCUCUUUAUCUCCAACCCUGAUGCUGUUUACCCAAUGACAGCCCUGGAACACAGGACAAUAGGCUGGCUAGCAUCUGAUGACCUUGUGCAAAACCAAAGGGUGUCACCAGAAUUCAUGGUAGAGCAGACAGUCUUAAAGCACGUUUAAAGAGUCUACACCCAGAGAUUGUAAAUAAUGCUCCACAUUUUUGAAAUUAUUAAUUGUUUAGUCUCUCAUCAGCAUCUCCUACGAGCAAUGUAAAGGGAGGAGACUUCAGAAUUAUUGAUGGCAGACACAAUAUGUAUUUUGUUUUCAAACACACACCAGUUAUUUAUUUGGGAGUGGAAGCUGCACAUGCCUCUAUGAACCAGCCUCCACUGCUAUAUUCCCCUUUAACUUUUGGUUGCAAUAGGAUAUAUUUUUAUCCAUUUUGCUACUGUGUGCUUGUGUCUUAAUAAAAUCAUAAUAAAAUUAAAUUUGACAUACUCAUUCUGCAACACCUUGCCUGCAGCAGUACAAAAUAAGUUCUGCUGAACUGAACAAUCGAAUGAAAAAAAGCUUUACUGGCCUUUCAAGUUUAAGAAGGUGUGAAUGUAUUUGUCUCUGUUUUAACAUCUGUGGAGUAAUACAUAGAGAGAGCCGUGGAUUAAUACCUACCUAUUGAAUGCUAUUACACAUCCAUAACUCUGUAUUUUGCAUACCAUUUCCUAUAUAUAUGUAAUUAUGUAUAUACUUGGGGUUUUGUUGGGGAUUGACAAAGUUCCAAUUUAGGACAAAACAGAUAAACAGUAAGAUAGCUGAGAUUUCUUUUUUUUUCCACAUUUGUGUAUUUUGGUUUAACAUUAGUAAACCUCAUCUCAAUUCUUUCCAAUGCCAGUUUAAUGAAUAAACCUCAAAGUGAAUAAAGGUCUUCAAAUUGGUGAAAAAAAAUGAAAAUAUAGUAAGUAUGUUAAGUUAAUGUCUAAUUAUCUGACACACUAAAAGCAAGGAACAUGCUACUAUUGUUUUGCCAUUGCAAAGUAAUGAAUCUUAUCCUCUGUUCCCAACAUUAAAGGGACACUAUACGCACCCAGACCACUUCAGCUCAUUGAAGUGGUCUGUGUGCAAUGUCACUGUCCCCUUUACCCUGCAAUUGUGAUUAUUACAGUUUCUGAGAGACUGCAAUAAUUAAAUUGCAGGGUUAAGACUGCCUUUAGUGGCUGUCAAUCAGAAUACCACUAGAGGCACUUCCUGGUGGUUAGGCAACUUUUGAUCACCUAACUGUUUUUUAUAAUUUUACCCAGAUACAGACAUCAUUUUUACAUUUUGGUGGCAUUUUAGAAUUAAAAAAUGUAUUCCCUAAGAUGCCAUAUGCAAAAUAUAUUGCCAUUUUUAUUUAUUUGUGUCACACCUUCACAAAAAAUGCAAAUAUUCCUAACCAUGGCUGACAUUUUGCAAUGUAUGGGAUAAUACAGUAUUGUUUCUAAAGCCUUUUCUCUCCACGGUAUGUAUGUAAAAGAUGAAUAGGAAAAAAAAAUCCAUAUGUUCGAAUUUACAUAAUUUCUGUAGUUAACCCUGAAUAAUAAUCCAUAUCCAAGACUAUUGUUUAUUUCCACAAUUAUGCUUUAGCUAUGUAUCCAAUAUUUCAUGUAACUGGUAUGCUGUAUUUUUCUCUUCAAAUAAAGGAGUUAAAUAAAUGGUUAUUUGUUAUGAGGAAUCACAACUAUCAACGAAUGCAUGUGAAAAAACAGGAAGCAGACAUUUUUAGAAUGUGAG